UGUACUGAUGUUAACGCGCACACUGUGCAGGCGCGCCAAACCGAUCCACCGUGCAGUGCGAGAAGGGGAUGCGGGACGCGCGGGAGGAGGGCCGCUGGCCGCGUCGCUUCGCCGGGGCCGCGCGCCGCUCUCUUUCGCCAUCGGCACCGGACGAGUGCACACGUCGUGAUUAACCUAAUAUUUUUGUAUAACGCCAAUCGCCACACGUCGUAACUAUGAAACCUAUAACCUACAAUCUACGCCGAGCGGCGCGCAGCGGGCUAAGUGAGGACGGCGGCAACACGUGCAGCCAACGUGUCUCCGCGGACCACGCCGUACCACCACCACGAGUUCUACGAAGACGCAGACUACAACAGCAGGCGGCAUCAGACGGCGGAGGUCUAACCCGAGGGAAGUUGCUCGUUUCCUAUUAUUUCCUAUCCUUUUCCUAGUGUUUAUUUGUGUGAAUAGCCUAGCGGGCUUAGGUACUAUUCGUUAAUUAGCUUGCCUAUAUUCAAAAUGGUACAAAUUUUGCUUUUCUAGCCUACGACGCUAUAGUGGGCGAGUCCAUUAUUUUUGUGCCGCGUUUUCUAACCUACGACGCUAUAGUGGGCGAGUCCAUUUUGUGCCGCGUGUGUGAAAUUGCAUAGCCUAAACUUAAUUUCAUUUAAAUCGUGCAUCCUAAACUACGUGUACGCCUAAUUAAUCUAAAAGCAUCUAUAUUAAUGCACCUAAUAAUUAUUUAUUGUACACACUAAAAGUGUACCUACGCCUAAUGCACUAUAAGCAUAUCUACCUAAGCAUAUUAAUUUUGCAAAUUGAGGUUUUGGUUCUAAGUAUUUACCAAAAUACAUGCCUAUUGCCUAAUAAAAGUAAAUUCCUAACUAGCGCAACAAUUAAUACAGUUAUUAUACCAAAGCUUGCCGACUAUUUCAGUUGCGGUGAAUGUGCAUGUGCUUCGCUCAACCAACUGCUAGCUACCUGCAGCCUGUCUACUAAUCGCAGCGCAGGUGCCUGGUGAGUGCUGCCUACUUCGUGCUGUCACAGCUUCAAAAGGUUACCGUGAGUUAGCGGCUUUGAGUUUCUAUUGUAAUCUGUGCCUACCCAUUCAUUGUUGCCUCUAAAGUGUUAGGUAGUUUAUUCUUUUAACUAAAUUUGUACCUAAUUACAAAAAAUAUUGUGUUAGUGAGUUAUUCAAAAUGAGUGAAAGUGAAAAGUCAGAGAUUCAAGUUCCUAUUAGAAAACGUAGUGCCAUCAAAGGCCAAGUUACAAAAUUCUACAACUAUUUACAAGAGAUAUCUAAAAAUACUCCAAUUAGUAGCUUGCAGUCUAAAGAAAUUGUUUUAAAAAUAGAGAAAUUUCAAACUUUAUUAAGUACAUUUGAUACCUUGCAAACUGAAAUUGAAUUGAAUUGCUCAGAUUUAGAGGAACAGUUAGCUGAGAGAGAAUUAAUUGAAGAAAAUUUUCAUAAGUGUAUCGCAUUGGCUCAAGAAAUAAAUGAAUCAGCGAGUGUUUCAAAAACUGAACAUCAAAAGCAUGAGUCAGAAUAUGGUAGUGUAAAUAAUAGUCAAUGUAGUCAUAGGUUUAGUUCAGUAAAAUUGCCCACAAUAAAAUUGCCAUCUUUUGAUGGAAAUUACCUUAAAUGGCUGGAAUUUAGAGACACUUUUGACAGUUUAAUUAAUAGUAAUGAAAAUAUUCCUAACAUAAACAAGUUUCAUUAUUUAAGGUCAUCCUUAGAAGGAGGAGCACUAGUAGUUAUCAAAUCAAUAGAAUUCACAUCUAACAAUUAUAAAGUAGCAUGGGAUUUAGUUUGUCAAAGAUAUAAUAAUAAAAAUUUACUUAUAAAUAAUCAUUUAAAAGCAUUAUUUAAUAUAGAAGCCUUAACAAGAGAAUCUCACAAAGCUUUAAGAUUCUUAAUUGAUUUAGUUUCAAAAAACUUAAGAGCACUAAAUACUUUAGGGCAGCCAACAGAUAAAUGGGAUGCUUUAAUUAUUUAUAUGGUGUCCACAAAGCUAGAUAGCACCACUAGUAGAAAGUGGGAAGAAUUAAAAAAUGGGUUACCAGAAUUACCUACUUUAGAGCAAUUCAAUGAUUUCUUGCGUAACAGGGCAGAUGUUUUAGAAACAACACAAGUUCAAAAUAUAAGUAGGAAUGAUAAUUAUAAAUCACAAGGUCCUAGGGAGCAAAAGUAUUCUAAUUCUAAGUCUUUUGUUAGUUCAAUGAGUAACAACAAUUCUUACAAAAAGUCAUGUGAUAUUUGUCAUGAAAGUCAUCAUUUGCAUGCAUGUUCAAAGUUUAAUGAUAUGUCAACUGAAGCUAGGUUAGAUACAGCCUUAAAGUUGAAAUUAUGUCUCAACUGUUUGCGAAGUGGACAUACUGCAAAACAUUGCUUCCUAAAAGGUUCCUGUAAAUAUUGUAAUAAGAAACAUAACUCUUUGUUGCAUAAAGAUUCUACUGUAGGAUGUAGUAGUAGUAGUUCAAAUACAAAUAAUAAUAACUUACCUUCAAAUACUUUACCCACAACACUUUCAGCAGUCUCUGCAAGUCAGGUACUAUUAUGUACAGCUAUAGUGGAAAUUGUAAAUCCUGAAAAUAAUAUUUCUUACCGUGCUCGAGCUCUCCUUGACACAGGUAGUCAAUCAUCGUUUAUUACAAAUAAAUUCAAAAUAAAGCUAGGUCUACAGACACAAUGUUCAAACCCAAUACGUAUCGCUGGCAUUGGUAAUGUGCAGUGUGACAUUACAGAGAGGUGUAGUUUGAAAUUAUUUUCAUGUAUUGAUAAAUCAUUUAACUUAGAAAUGAUGUGUUUAGUAGUACCACAAAUAACUAGUAGUUUACCAACACUAAAAGUUGAUGUUAAAAGUUUAGGGCUGCCGGCUAACAUAAUCCUUGCAGACCCUGAGUUCCAUUGUCCCUCCGAUAUUGAUAUGUUAUUGGGGGCAGACGUUUUUUGGGAAAUAGUAGGUACCCAACAAAUAGGAUUGGGUAGACAUCGGCCUAUAUUACAAAGCUCUAAGUUAGGCUGGCUAGUAACUGGCCCUAUAGGAAUAGGACAGUCUAAUUUGUCACAUGAAAAUUCAUAUAUUAAUGUUUUAAAUUGUAGUAUUAUAAAGGAUGAUAUUCAUGAUUCAUUACAAAGAUUUUGGGAGGUAGAAGAAUUGCCUUCAAAUAAAAUAUCUUACACGCUUGAAGAACAAGCAUGUGAAAACAGUUUUAAACAAAAUACAAGUCGCUUGCCAAGUGGUAGGUUUUUAGUUAAAAUGCCACUGAAAGAAUCACCAGAGGAAGCAUUAGGUGAUUCAUAUAAUAUUGCCAAAAGGCGUUUUUUUAGUUUAGAAAACAAGUUAGAUAAGAAUCCUAAUAUUAAGAAACAAUAUGUAGAUUUUAUUAAAGAAUAUGUAGAUUUAGGUCAUUUGGAAGAAAUAGAGCGUCCAAGGUUCGGUAAUUAUUUACCUCAUCAUGCAGUAUUGCGUGAAAAAAGCGAAACAACAAAGUUAAGGGUAGUUUUUGAUGCCUCAGUAAAAACAACCUCUGGAAAAUCACUAAAUGAUAUCCAGAUGAUAGGUCCAGUAAUACAAAAUGAUUUAUUUAAUAUUAUGGUAAGGUUUCGUACUCACAAAUUUGUUUUAAACCGGUGACAUAGAGAAAAUGUAUAGACAAAUUUCUAUUGAUGAGUCACAACGUCAUUUACAAUUAAUUUUGUGGAGGGAAGAUACAUCUCUACCACUUAAAGUUUUACAAUUAAACACUGUAACAUAUGGUACAGCUUCAGCACCUUUCCUAAGUACUAGAUGUCUAUUGCAAUUAGCUGAAGAAUGUACAGAUAUGUCUAUUGCUAAUAUAAUUAAGAAUGAUUUUUAUUAUGAUGACCUAAGUACUGGAGCAUCUACAGAAGAUGAACUAUUGAAAAUCUACAACUCUGUGACUGAAAUAUUAAGUUCAGCAUCAUUCCCAUUACGCAAAAUACGCACUAAUUGUCCAAAAAUAUUUGAAAAUGAUGUAAAUAAUAAUACAUUAAAUCUAACUAAACAGUCAUGUGUACUAGGGUUGAAUUGGUCACCUACAGUAGAUUUGUUUACAUUUCCUAUAGACAUAAAUAUAGAUUCAUUAAAUAUUACUAAGAGAACAAUAA